AUGUCGAUUGACCCUGGUUCGGCUCGCCCGCCGUCAGAAGGCCUGCCUUCUCCGGCUGCUGGCGGCUUGUCCACCCCGCAGCUCAUCCUCGACAGUGGCUCAUCUGGUCCUGGAACCCCCAUCGGCUUCCAGCGAUUCCCCCAUAACAAACACCUCGACAAUGUCACCAAGACUCCUGGCCGCCAGCCCUCUCCGCAGCCGACACACUUGGGAUUGCCUGGCCACCACCGCGUUCUCCCCGAGGAAGGCACGGGGUACAUUGCCUCCAAGUUUGAAGGCAAACAGAAACAAAUGGAAGAAGUCAUGGACCGUUUGGAGGAAAAAGGAUUCUUCCCCAGCGAUUUCGUCAUCUCCGAGACUACAUGGUUCUACAACAUGCUUGGUAUUGACGACAUGUACUUCCAGACCGAGUCUGUCGAGUCGAUCGUCACGCAGAUUCUGUCUCUGUAUGCCGCCAAGGUCGCUGCCUAUGCGCGGGACGACAAACGCCUGGAAAUCCGGCUGGACAAGGAGGACGAAGAUCACGCCGUCUACAUUGACACUAGCAAACCCGGUGUUACCUCUUUCAGCGGGCCCAACUACGAAUCCCGUAUUGAUGCCAAGUACAUUGACGGAUCAAGGCCCGGCGUGAGCUACCGAAUCGAGAGUUUUCGCUCGACGAGUCCCCUUCCAGGCGAGACUGAACAACAGCUGCGCUGCUACUUUGUCUACAAGUGCCAGUUUGCCAACCCCAAUCCUAGUCCCGACGAGACUAACAUCGAGAUAAUUGGCGAGAAACGCUUCCUUCAAAAGGCGACCACCAACACCAAGGCUAUCUACCAGGAGAUCAUCACAACUGCCGUCUCGCGGACGGGCCCCGUGAUCGAGAUCUAUGAUAUUGAAGGCAGCCGAGAGAAACGCCUAGUGGUAGCCUACCGCCAGGGAUCUGCCAUGGGUAUCUUUAGCGCGUUGUCGGAUCUUUACCACUACUAUCGACUGACUAGCUCGAGGAAGUACUUGGAAAGCUUUUCGAACGGUAUUAACGUCAUCUCGUUGUAUCUACGCCCCGCACGCGAUGCGGAGGUUUCUCAAAAACACCCGCCCAUCGAGGCCGCCAUUCAUCAGAUCAUGAAAGAGGUUUCCCUUCUUUACUGCAUUCCGCGCAACCGCUUCCAGAACCACUUUGCCAGCGGCCGCCUGAGUUUGCAGGAAACCAUCUACUCUCACUGCGCCUGGAUCUUCAUCCAGCAAUUCUUGAACCGAUUGGGGUCUGAGUAUACGUCAUUGACGGCGCUUUUGGAUUCCAACAACAGCGUUCAUGCUGAACUGUUGUCGAAGAUCAAGAAGCGGCUCCGUACCGAGACAUUCACCUCCGAUUACAUUUCGGAUAUUAUCAGUAAAUACCCCGAACUCAUUCACAAACUUUACCUCGACUUUGCAAACACCCACUACGUGCAAACUGGCCACCCAGAGGAUGACUUCCUGCCGACGCUGAGUUACUUGCGCUUGCAAGUUGACGACAUCCUAGAUGAUGCGGGUCUCAAGGAUCUCAUUGCCAAGACUGUCGUGAACGAACACGACGAAAUGGUUAUGAUGGCCUUCCGUAUCUUUAACAAAGCUGUGCUCAAGACCAACUUUUACACCUCCACCAAAGUCGGUCUGAGUUUCCGCCUGAACCCACAUUUCCUCCCGGAACACGAAUACCCCCAGCGUCUCUAUGGAAUGUUCCUCGUCAUUAGCUCUGAAUUUAGGGGAUUCCAUCUCCGCUUCCGCGAUAUCGCCCGGGGUGGAAUUAGAAUCGUCAAAAGCAGAAACAAGGAAGCUUAUGGUAUCAACGCCCGCUCUCUGUUUGACGAGAACUACAACCUUGCCAACACGCAGCAGCGCAAGAACAAGGACAUUCCAGAAGGAGGCGCCAAGGGUGUCAUCCUUUUAGACGUCGAGCACCAAGACAAAGCUCAGGUAGCGUUUGAGAAAUAUAUUGACAGCAUUUUGGAUCUGCUCAUUGCCCCGACUAGCCCUGGAAUCAAAGACCCAAUCGUUGAUCUUCAUGGAAAGGACGAGAUUCUUUUCAUGGGCCCCGAUGAGAACACAGCUGACUUGGUCGACUGGGCCACGGAGCACGCCAGGAAACGAGGAGCGGCAUGGUGGAAGUCCUUUUUCACUGGCAAGAGCCCCAAGCUCGGCGGUAUUCCACACGACGCUUAUGGUAUGACCACUCUUUCCGUGCGUCAGUACGUCCUGGGUAUUUACCGCAAGUUGAAAAUCGAUCCGUCUACUGUGAGAAAGCUGCAAACCGGUGGACCCGAUGGCGAUCUUGGGUCCAACGAGAUCUUGCUUGGCAACGAACGAUACACUGCCAUUGUAGAUGGAUCCGGUGUGAUUGUCGAUCCUAACGGUUUGGACCGGGACGAGCUAGUGAGACUCGCCAAGAACCGAGCCAUGAUUUCUAAAUUCGACGCGUCCAAGCUGUCGUCAGAAGGGUACCGUGUUCUCGUAGAAGACACCAGCAUCAAGCUACCCUCUGGCGAGACCGUCAAUAACGGAAUGGUCUUCCGCAACAAGUUCCACCUUCGAAACGACCAGUCGCUGGACCUUUUCGUUCCUUGCGGAGGACGGCCAGAAUCGAUUGAUUUGAGCACCGUACACAAGCUGAUUGUGGACGGCAAGUCGGUGAUUCCAUAUAUCGUCGAGGGGGCAAACCUGUUCAUCACACAAGACGCCAAGCUUCGGUUAGAAAAGGCCGGCUGCAUCUUGUACAAGGACGCCUCAGCAAACAAGGGUGGUGUGACGUCCUCGUCUCUCGAGGUCCUAGCAUCUCUCUCCCUCAACGACCAGGAGUUCGUCGAGAACAUGUGCGUCCACGAAGACGGAACCGUGCCGGAAUUCUACCAGACGUACGUCAAGGAGGUCCAAGAGGUCAUCAAACGCAACGCUACGCUUGAAUUCGAAGCCAUCUGGCGCGAGCACGAGCAAACAGGGCUCCUCCGUAGUGUUCUCAGUGACCGCCUGAGCUUGGCCAUUACAGGUCUGGACGAAGAGCUGCAGAAAACGUCCCUGUGGGACAACACCGAGCUCCGACGCGCGGUGCUGCUCAAGGCACUUCCCGGUCUCCUUCUUGAGAAGGUUGGCCUCGACACGAUUUUGACACGAGUCCCUGAAAACUAUCUGAAAUCAAUCUUUGGCAGUUAUCUCGCCAGUCGAUUUGUGUACGAGUACGGCAGCAGUCCCAGCCAAUUUGCUUUCUUUGAUUUCAUGUCCAAAAACUUUAGCCACCAAAUGCUGCCCAAGUAA